CAUAGCAUGAACAUUCUCAAACUGGUACACACACUUUGGCACGCACACAAACGUCCUCACGGCUCCUGCAGGAUGUCGAGCGCUUCGUUUGGGAAUUUCAUCCACAUUUUUCCCGAACAUAAAGGCUUACAUUAUACCUUCCAGCUGGUCUCCAUGGGUAUGCUGUGUUGUUUUUCGGUGCUGUCAUGUGUUUUUGCUGUGGCCUCGACAACCACUCUGGCUGACACGGACUAUGGUGGCGUUCCCUUGUGGAUCGACUGCUUGCUGGGCGAGCCCAGCGUGAUGAGUCUGCGGGGCCGCUUAGAUGCACGAUGGUACCGAGCCAACAACCCACAGGCCUGUCCUCACCAGUGUGACUGCCCCAUUCAGUGGCCCACUGCAGUGUACUGCGACGACAGAGGCCUAGCAGGUGUCCCGGAGCCCCUACCACCCAGCACCCAGUACCUUUUUCUCCAAAGCAACAACAUCUCGUCCCUCACCGCCUCAUUUCUGGCAAAGAUCACCGGACUGAACUGGCUGAUUCUGGACCACAACCGAUUGAAAAGUGACUGGCUUGACCAGGGUAUCUUACAAAACCAAACCCAACUGGCAUACCUUUUUGCCAACCAUAACCACCUGAGCUCAAUACCCAAUAAUCUGCCAAGCGGUCUCAAGCAACUCCGACUGGCCUAUAACCAAAUCAGCAGCAUUGGGUCGAAGGUUCUCAAGAACCUGCCGAACUUGACACUGCUGCUUCUGCAAGGAAACAUACUGAAAACCAUCAAAGAAGGAGAGCUUGGAGGUCUUCUCAGUUUGAACUUGUUGGACCUCAGUGGCAAUUCCUUCUCAUCAGUUCCCAGACAUUUACCGAUCUCUGUGCAGCAGCUCUAUCUGUCCAAUAACUCCUUCGCUGGCAUUGAUGAGAACACUUUUGUGGGUCUAUUGAACCUCAAGUACCUUCGUUUAAGUCAGUGCUACUUGCAAAGUCGCAAAGUCCACUCCCAAGCCUUCAACCUCUCCAGCCUAGUGGAACUGGACCUUUCCUAUAACAAGUUUACGAGGAUCCCUACAGUCCCCAUCACCCUGCAACACCUCUACCUAGAGGCCAAUGAAAUACAAGAGUUCAACGUGACUAGUUUCUGCAGAGAGGUGGGACCUCUUACCUACUCCCGCUUGAAGAUCCUGCGACUGGACGGUAACAAGAUCUCCUACCGGCAUCUGCCCUCUGACUGGAUCUUGUGUCUGAGAGUGAUUCAAAGUAUUUACAUUUGA